AUGAACGGCAUCGACAUCACCAACUACGAUGUUCUCGUAGCCCCGCCAAUACCAGGAGAGAGCGAGGAAUAUCAGUUGGACAGAGGCAAAAACCAUGCCGGGAACAAUCGAUUGGAAGUUUUCCUGAACAUGCACCGAUCCAGUUAUGACUCUGCUAGAAGUCGUGCAGACUUUGGGGAAUGCGACAAUAUCGUAGAAAAGAUCGUUGCUACAGUGUGUCACCAGUGUGUUCCGAAGGGACGUUUCCUAGUGAGCUCAUCAAGUAAUUCAGGAGAAUCUGUGUUUUGGAAUCAAAUGGACGAACAAAAUGCAAAACUAUUCUUGCACAGCGUGCUUCGUCCCAUCAGGCCUCCACCAAUGCAAGAGUUUUUUGAAGAAAAGAAGAGGAGACGAAGAUCUUCCUUACUCAGACGAUCAGCUUCAGAGAGUAUGGUGCUAUCAGUAUUAGACAGCAAGAAAAAGUUGUCCAAGAUGAAGCUUGGUGGUACACAAGAGGAGCCAGAUUGGAUGUCUACACAAGCCGGCGGAGUCACCUUACGGCGAAUGGAUGUAAUGCUUACGGAUGGCGGCCAAGCACUUGACCCAAACAGUCAAAGUGUUGGAAAUAACAGACUUCACGUACUGAUUGCAAUGAACGCGUCCAAAUAUCAAAAUGCCUCUAUUGAUGAGAAAGAGAAAAUUCUGAAUGAAAUAGUAGGGACUGUAAAAAUCUGGACGGGGCGAUUUCUGGUACAAGGGGGCAAUGGUUAUGAGAAACUAUCGAACGAGGAUGCCAUGAAUGCACUUCGUAAUAUAUUUGCAUUGAGAGCUGGUCAGGCCAUUCCAAAACGCAGCAGUCUUCCCAACCCCUCCCUUGUACAACUUCCAAUCCGCGCAUCCGAUCCAAUGGCUCCACCAAUGAUGAUGAAUGUGACACGGCAGUCAUCAGCCCCAGUAUUAGAUCUCUCACGGCAAUCGUCAGCAUCCAUGAUCAAUUCAGGUCCGGAUGUCAAUAUGCCAGAAUUGGAAACUCUCCGUCUUGCAGCUGUCAACAAUCUCAAGAAGAAAAUGGCCAGGCAAAAAAUUGCUAGUCGAUUGGAAGAUAAGAGUGGUCGUGGGUCAGUAAACCCUCAGCAACAGGAACGUCAACAGAUUGCUUCACCACUGGGGGCUGCUAGGCGUCCAAUGAUGCCAUCCAUGGCCAUGAAGCGACAAAGUUCCGUAUUUGGAAUUUCACCGGAUUUGAUGCAAGAACUUGCUGCAGGUAUAGAUGAUCCUGAUGACUACAACAACAGAGACCCAUUACCGCCAACCCAAUCCAACGAUUUUGCCAGCAAAUUCAUGUAA